UGUAGCUAGCUGUCAGUCAAGUUUGGUGGAACGACGGCUUUCACCAGAAGAAGUCACAGUUGAGGUCUAUGUCAGUGGUAAUUUCCCUCCUGACGUAAUCACUGACCCCUCAGAGAUCAGAUGCACUUGCACAAGAUAUCCUGAAGCAAGGUACAUGUACUGUACCAACCUGAUAACAACAAUGCCAGGACCUUGCUACGACACCAAGAAGGAAGUUCACUGAUUCUGAUACUGCUACAUGUAAACCCAAGGGACCUCUCGCUGUAUCAUGGUCUAAAACAAAAGCGUGUCGCAUGUGAAGACGGAAGCUCAUUACCGCAUCAGACGCUCGACGGCACAUGCUGGCGAACAUCCUUCCAUGAUCUUGUAUUGGAUUUCAGCCCGUGUCCAGAAAAAGUGAAUCAGGAUUUCAUUACUCUCCAAUCUGAAGCCGCUUUUGGAGGUGCUGUUUGACAUUGGAUUCCUGUAUUGUUGUAAGUCGUAGAAUGACAUCAAGUGGGAUAUGAUUAAGGGUGCAUCAAAGAACUGCCACAAAGAUAUCCUCAAAGACUCUUAGAUUCUCCUGCCCCCGACCCGUCCUGUCUAGGACACACCACUGCCAUGGAAGAGCGGGAUAAACAUGUGAUGCUGUCUCGAUUCAUGAAGAUGACGCAGCUCGAUCUUGGUUUUGCUCAUGAUCUCCUGGAAGGUCAACAUUGGAAUUUUGAUGCUGCGGUAAGAGACUUCAAAGUACUCCAAGGUCAGAGAAGGCUGUCUGCCCAAAGACAAGCAGCCCCACCUCCGAAAACCUCUCCAAAGCCAAGUUCAUCAAGGCCAAGCCCUGCAAAGCCAAGCUCUCCCCAAAGAAGCCCUCCGCAGAAAGUCUCUCCUCAGAGGAAUUCACCCCCGAAUGGACAAAUGGUACAGCCCGUUCCUAGCAGGGCCUCCCCACAAAUGAAUGGGAGAGGGGGGCACUCCACGACGCAGAACGGGGGUGGCACAUCUCUAAACGUCUUGCAGCAACCUAAGAUGAGAGAUCCUCCAAAGUCACCAGGUACCAAGAGACUGACCAGAGGUCUUUCAGCGGUCAACACCAAACUGGUCAGCUAUGGUCGCCAGAGGGUCAUAGAUGAUGAGGAGAGCCACAACUAUCAGCUAGUUGAAACUCCAAGGUACACCUUCACCUUGCCCGAUCUCCUGGUGUACCCAGCCGACUUCCGUGCCCACGUCGAGAAGGAUCUCAUCGACUCCUGCACCAUGGUCAACCUUGAAAACUCAGGUUAUCUGAACUGGUGGCAAAAGACAGGAACAUGUCCUAAACUAUGGCCUAUGGUAACCACAGGAGAUGGUAACUGCCUUCUACAUGCAGCAUCAUUAGGUAUGUGGGGUUUUCAUGAUCGUCAACUGACGCUACGCAAGGCCUUGUACAAAGAUCUGUCAGAUCAUCAACACACAGCACAUAUGCAGAAACUAAAGAGAAGAUGGCGCUGGCAUCAGACAUUAGCUAACAAGGAGUCUGGCCUGGUGUAUUCGGAGGAAGAAUGGGAAGAAGAAUGGAAAGGUCUUCUCAAGCUGGCCUCCACCGUCCCAAGGAAUCAUAAGUUCAAGAACAACGGUAGCAAGCCCAUGGGAGGAGGACCCCUGCCCUCUGUAGCUGAGGAUCAAGACUACCUGGACGACGAUUCGGAGAUCAUGUACGAGAGCUUGGAAGAAUUCCAUGUCUUUGUUCUGUGCCACAUCCUACGUCGACCCAUCAUCAUUGUGGCCGACACUGUCCUUCGGGACUCCCAGGGCCAGCCUCUUGCCCCCAUCCCAUUCGGUGGUAUCUACCUACCGGUAGAGCUGAAUCCUGUAGAGUGCCAUCGCUCACCCCUGGUCCUCACCUACGAUGCCUCCCAUUUCUCGGCUCUGGUGCCCAUGGAGGUGGAUAGCCACCGGGAUAGCCACAUGGAGCUCAAGAAACGGCCACCUGUCAUCCCCAUCACAGACUCCAAACAUCACCUCCUAACCCUGCACUUCAUCGUUGACCCCGGUAUCGGCUGGCAGUGGAAGGACGAGAACCACAACGUCGACAAGACGAACGGCACCGACGGUGGCGACACGGCGAUCCGCAAACUGUUCUACAGUCCCGGGGACAAGCUGAAACUUCUGCAGAAGUACCUGGAGCUGGUGAGGUUGGAAAUACCGGACGUCCAUCACCAGGAGAGCUCAUCACCCACGCAGGGGGAAGAGUGGGAGCUGCUACCACCCAAGGAAAAUGGCAUGAAAACUGUCAAGGUUGAGGUAACAAGAAGCAACUCAAGUGGAUCCGAGAAAAGUGACAGAAGUGGGGGCAAGGAGAAAGAGAAGUCUAGGUCAUUUGGUAAGAAGCUGAAGCACUUUGCAGGACUUGAUAAGGGCAAGAAAGGAUCGUCCCGCAAAGAUGGGCAUGAGCAGUUUCACAUCAUCGAGGAGAAGAGCCAGGUGGAGAGACACCCACCCCACGUGAGCAUUCAGGAUGUUGCCGAUCGUUCAGUCGUGGUAGCAGCAAAGAUGGACGAUAUCAGGUUACAGGGUCAUGAAGAGAUGAUCAGGAAUUACAUGGAGGUAGCCAAGGAUCGCUUCCAGGAGGAGGUGACCUUGAAGAGGAUGAUCGCUGCCGAGAAUCGCAGCAGACAGCAGCACAGGGUCCAGAGAGAGCAGCGCCCUCCAGAGGUCUAUGUUGAUGAUGACGAAAGAACUAAUGAGGCUGCCUAUAACUUUGCUUCUCUUCCGCGUGCCCGUGUUAACGGGCCUAUGUCUUCCAGGGUCAAUCAUGAUUAUCCUGAUAAUGGUAGAGGUGUGCAGUACGUCAAUGCAACGGGUAGUAACCCAGGCAGUCCUGCCAUGGAGCGCGUCACUAGUAGUACGUCCUACAAUCCCACGGCCAAGCGACAAGGAGGGACCUACAGCCCGCAGCCAGUACAUGCUGCACAGCGCUAUCAAGCACAGACCCAAUCGCCUCAGUUCCAAAGAACAGUACCCAUCCAGAGACUCCACAUCGACGACAGAAAUCAAGAAAUCCGCUCCAACGCUAACCCCUACGCUACUCACGUGAGGGGAAGACGUGUACCUCUGACAGGCGUAGAAGAGGCUACCAGACAGUGCCGUACGUACGGCUGUAAGUACUUUGGCUCAGAAAAGACUGAUUAUCUGUGCUCCCAUUGUUAUGAUUCAAUAAUGCGAAAGAAGAAACCUGCUAUGCGGUAGAGUAAAACCCUUACCAGGUAUCUGUAAUAGGAAGCAAAUGAGGCACUUGAUUGUGGAUCCCUGUUCUAUACUUUAAAUAGGAUUUGCUCAUUUAUCCCCAUAUCAUCAGAGUCCAGAAUGUCGGUCAUACCUGGUAGUGAACUUUUGAUUCUAGCAUCUCUCGGCUUUCUUGACAUAAAGUGCAGCUGUUUUCUCAUAAGAGUGCCAUGUUUAAUCUCUUUUGUUCAGUAUGGGGAGAGAUGAAAAGAAAUUGGGUUUUGUGGUCUUCAUUAUUUUAUAAAAUUUCCCAAGCUUCCAGAGUGAGGAGAAGAAGUGGAUACUUUCUGUCUUAGAGUAUAGCUAAGCAAACUUUUUACAAGGUAUCUUUAAAAAUUUACCAUGACUUUUGUUUUAAUUCAGUCAAUCUAUAUUUCCAUUAUCUGUAUAAAACUGUCAAGCCAAACAUUUGCGUUUUUACGAUAUAACUGAAUAAGUGUGAACUGUAGUUACAGUCUCAUUCGGAGUGAAACUAAGCAUACAGGAAAUAAUAUGAAAUACGUUCAAACUCAGUGAAUCAAUAUUCAUUACUUAUGCAGUAUAUGAAAUUCCUUGCUUUCAUUCCUUUUUCUUUCCAUAAGUAUGAUCUGUGUUCUUGAGGAAAUCACUGAAAAGGCUUUUCUAGAACUAUUUUCUAAUAUUCCAAUUUGUUUAAAUAUUUUUGUUUUCAUUCAUGUUCGGACUUGGCAUUUUUUUUAAAAAUUCAAAAUCAAAAGUUUCUUUUUCAGAAAGAAAUAAUGAACAAUUUAAACAACUUUUACCUUGCUAGCUGCCAUGAUGCAUACUGCCUGGAUAUAUCUGGAUCAAAGUGUAAACAAGAAAAUAUAUUUAUAUCAAUGGUUUUAAUAAUGUGUGAAGUAAAAUAUAUACAACUACAUGUAUACAUAUUCUGGAACACCCGUUGUCAUGUCAGAGUUGAGAAUUCUCGCACUUUUAUAUAUAUAUAUAUAUAUAUAUAUAUAUAUAUAAGUACAUCAUCAGGCUGUUCUCAGAGUUCAGAAUUCUUGUUAUCACAUCAAUCUGUGGCACUCUUUG